ACAUCGACUGGACUGUCUACCUUAGAUCGCACGCAUUUGCAAUCUGUGCUCGUUGCUUGUACAUUGCUAGGAGAAACUUCGACGAGUGGGGGGUCGAGCGGAGCAGCAAGUAGUUGUGUUUUACCUCUGCUUUCGUGUCUUCAGAGGACGGCCUUUCUGUCGCACGUAACAAAAGCGCGCUCCGGGGGAGGUGGAAGCUGAAGCAGCGGACAACAGCGCGCUCAGGGGGAGGUGGAAGCUGAAGCAGCGGACGACAGCGCGCUUAGGGGGAGGUGGAAGGUGAAGUAUCGGACAAUGGCGCGCUCUACGUUUCUGUUGGCCUUGCUUGUGGUAGUUGUUGCAGUUCAGGCAAGUGCGCAGGCUCCGCCGCAGGUGACGAUCAGCUAUGUCAACUAUGCAGGCUCGGGCUGCAAUUAUCAGAACACGAACUACGUGCUGUCAAACGACUUCAAGACGGUCACCUUCAUGUUCGGCGGGAUGGUUGCGACCACGGACGGGUCGCUCGCCGACAAGAGGAAGCAUUGCCAGAUGUCUUUCAAUCUGGUCUACCCGGAUGGCUGGAGCUUCUCCAUCGGCCAGGCGACGGGCCGCGGGUUCGCUGACAUCGCAAAGCACUCCGAGGGCAUCUACGAGACACACUACUACUUCUCCGGACAAACUGGUACGGCGAUGGUCGAGCGCAAAAUCAAAGGCCCGAAGGUCGGCAGCUUCGAGUUCACGGACGACUUCCUGAUGGCUGUCUGGAGCGAGUGCAACAACGCACCCAACUUGAACAUCAAGACGGUGGUGAGAGUGGAGGGCAAGAAGGCCGUGAUGGCGCUCGACUCGCACGACACUAAGUUCCAGCUCAUCUUCAACAUCCAAUGGAGGCAGUGUCCGCAGAACUGAGAACCCCAUUCACCAUCUCGCAAGUGGAGGAUAGCGGGUGAGAAGGGUCGGAGAUGUGGGCAGCUGUGCCGUCUGGGAUAUCUUUAGCGGAAUCAGAGGCCGAGGCUAUGGGGUAUGCACAGUGCAGUUUUUCGGGAAGAUCCAAACUGCGGCGCCGUUUUAGCAGUCGUGGUUGUCGAGGAGGAAGGCAGGGUGGGUGGUUGGCAUUGCAGCGAGAGAGUAAAGGUAGUUAGCGACAUCAGCAGAUGUAGUAGUCUGGCCCGUCAGUAACUCGUUUUCGUUUUCCGCCUGACGGCGUGUCCGCCUGUGUGACUGCCAUUCGUCCUCGACAGACCUGUUAAUACUAGCUGUUUAAUCUACGUAGCAAAUGUGCAGAUCCGAGGCAGAUUACGCCACACUGCUGUCAAGUUCCUUAAGCUCUCUACUUUUUUUCUUUUGUAAUGUCUGCCGUCAAAGAUUUGUAGAUCUUCUUCCACCGAGUAAGCCAUCUUAGUGUUCUUUCGUCGUCAGGAGUUAUGCUUCUUUACGCGUGGGUAGUAAACGAGGAGGUGGCAGUGCCCCGUUGUCUUGGAAUUAGUUCGUUCGUCAGUUCUUUUUUUUUUUCGUUUCUGGUUUCUGAGGAAAACGUGGAGGGAUCCUUUAUUGCAAAACAGUUCUCGCUUGUAAGGAGGGAGUCGAAAUGUCUAUGCGGGAUUCCCGCCCUCACCUGACAGUAUUGUAGUGUAUAUCUCCCGUGGUGAACUUUGCAGGGCGCCCUGAAGCCCUGAUUAGCCAAUGAGAACCGUCUUCUGUGUCACAGUGUGUGAGCUUCGCCUUUCGAUCUCGAGAUCACAUCAUCACCGCUGGCUUCGGAAUUGGCUGUCAGGAAUUACACUUUUUUUUUUCUUUCUGUUAUCUCAGAAGAUGAUUAUGUGUUAACAAUGUUUUCUAACGUCCUUCGCCUCAAUGAGCUUGGUGAACUCUUCUCUCGUUCUCUGUGUGCGCUUGAUCUAUGUGUUUCGCUCUCAUUACAACCUU